AUGAAAACAACGAAAGGUAAAAGUUUGAUGUGGAUCAGUGGCUAUACAUACCGCGCCACUAAUUCUGAGCCGAGGAAAAUUCGACGUUGGCAGUGUUCCACUUACUUCAAUGAAGGUUGCAAUGCGUUCAUUGUUACAAAAGUGCAAAUCUUAAAAUCUUUGAAGGGCAAACCUCUCAUAAGAUUAAACAGCUACACAUACCACGCUACUCCUUCCAAAACGAGCAAAAUAAGAUGGCGAUGUUCUACACACAACCGAAUGAGUUGCAGAGCUUUUAUCAUCACCGUGGAUGAAGAGAUGAUAGCAUCUAAUGAACAGCACAAUCACACACCACCUCGAGCUACAUAA